ACGAAGUUGAAAUAAACAAACCGCGUUUAAAUGGGCGUUGCCUUACGUUUUGAUACCGAUAUCUCGCUGAUUACAAAUAGAUAAGCCCUCAUAUACUUUUGCGACAUUGUACUAAAUCGAAACUAGGGCCUCAGAGAUAAAAAUGUGAUACAUUCUUUAUACGCUACUGUGUUUUAUGAAACUUUGUUUGGUACCAUAUUUCUCAUAUAAAAUCUUCGUCACGGUGUGAAAAUAAUAAUAGCUAUUGUUUACGGUGUCUUAACAUAUAAUUACACAAGUUUUAAUUCAUAAAAUUGCUGUGCACUGCAGUUUAGUGAAGAAGUUUCGUACACAAAUGUAUGAUGGUGACUCAUCCAGAAAGUUGUGUGUAACUAAUUUCGUAGCGUGUUAUGUGAUGUGAAAAUGUAUAAAAAGUAUUUAUUAACGUUGUUUUUAUGUGCUAGUGUUGAGUGUCAGUCUAAUAAAGACUUGUAUAAUGGACAAGUGAAUAAUGAAUUUUAUAACUCUCGUGAGCAGAAUUCUCGGUCUUCAAGACUGCCUAGUCCAGGGGACAGUGACUAUAGGACUUAUGUGUACAAUAACAGGAGAUAUGGGACUGAUCCCACAAGAUAUAACCCCUACAACCCUAAUAUAAACCAGCCGGGAGGAUUCCCUUACAAUCCAAUCAACACAAACCCUUUGGAUGACCAGUUCAAGUAUAAUAUUAACCGGGACCCAAACAACCCAGAUGCCUUAUUCCCUGGUGUCCUCGGAGGAUGGAGGGAAGAUUUACAAGGGAGAGAGAGGAGGGACUCCAGGCAGCUGAAGAGGGAUGUCUUUGUUACUACUAAUUAUGGACAAGUGCAAGGAUUUAAGGUGUAUUUAUAUGACAAUCCGGACCCAGAUUCAGGGUACAGACCCUGGCUGUCACCAGUGGAGAGGAUACAGGGAGAAGUGUCAGUGUUCCUGGGGAUACCAUAUGCUAGACCACCUGUGUUGGAAGGCAGGUUCAAGCCUCCACGCCAACACCCCGGAUGGCAACUGAUGCAAGCAGUGGACUGGGGUCCAGCUUGCCCCCAACCAGUCCGCUACACCGGCGCUACGAAGGGCAUCAGAGAUAUGGACGAAGACUGUCUCUACUUGAAUAUAUUCUCGCCUAAUACGGAAGCCGGAGCCACGGCGCAGCGGUACCCAGUAAUGGUGUACAUCCACGGCGGACAGUACACCUCCGGAGCAUCGAACCUGUUCCCCGCGCACAUGAUGGCCGCCUUCUACAAUGUCAUCGUCGUGUCUAUCAACUAUAGACUUGGAGCUUUAGGUUUCCUAUCAACGGGCGACGAGAACUCUCCAGGUAACUACGGCAUCCUGGACCAGGCGAUGGCCCUGCGCUGGGUGUACGACAACAUCGGCCCGUUCAACGGCGACCGCUCCUCCAUCACGCUGUUCGGGCCGGGCGCCGGCGCCGCCUCCGCCGGACUACUCGCCAUCGCGCCGCAGACCAGGGAUAUUGUCACUAGGGUUAUUGCGCAGAGUGGUUCAGCGCUAGCAGACUGGGCGAUGAUAGAAGAUAAGUUCAGGGUACAGAACACGUCACUGGUGUUCGGCAGACUGCUCGGGUGUCCCAUAGACUCCUCGUGGAAACUCGUCAACUGCUUGCGGCAGGGCAGGAGCUUCUAUGAACUGGGCAAUGCUGAGUUUCAGCCGCACGUAGGCUUCAUACCCUGGGGUCCAGUACUGGAGAACAACUUCACGUUCCCUGGAGACGAGUGGUACGACGGCUGGAGGGAGAGGGACUGGCACUUCCUCAAUACUAUGCCGGAGGACCUUAUACAGAGGAGGCAGUUCAAUCCGUCAUUGAGGUAUAUGACCGGAGUCACUACGCAGGAAGCUGCUUAUUAUUUGUAUAAAAACGAAUCCUUAGCCCCAAACUACGAGAUAUCGGAGCGAUGGUUCAACGAGAAAGUGUGGGAGUUAGUCCAGCGAUACAACUACACAUUGAACCCGCGCGGCGUGUACGAAGCUAUCCGGUACAUGUACACCUACCACCCCGAGCCACAUAAUGUUAGCGCUAUCAGGGACCAGUACAUUCAUCUCCUAUCAGACUUCCUCUACCGCGCACCGACAGACAAGAUGGUGAAGCUACUGCUCGAACAAAACGUUCCUGUGUACAUGUACGUACUGAAUACGACGGUGGAAGCCUUCAAGUUCCCGGAGUGGAGGCAGUAUGCCCACGAUACAGAGCAUUACUUCCUCACUGGAGCCCCAUUCAUGGACCAGGAGUUCUUCCCGGUUAAGCAAAGGAUCGAUAACCAGCAGUGGACGAAUAAUGACCGAAAUAUGAGCCAUUUCUUCAUGAAGACGUACACGGAUUUUGCCAGAUUUGGCAACCCGACCCGGUCCCGUGUCCUAGGGCUCCACUUCGAGGUAGCGCAGGCAGGCCAGCUCCGGUACCUGAACCUGAACACGACGUACAACUCGUCCAUCCUGCUCAACUACAGACAGACGGAGCUCGCGUUCUGGACCAUGUAUCUACCCACUGUUAUUGGACGACUCGUGCCUACUUACCCGCCUAUUACUGAGUACUGGUGGGAACCGAAGCAACCAUUGCAGAUAGCAUUCUGGUCGGUGUCCAGUGCGUGUCUCGUGCUCAUUGUACUACUCGUCGUGUGUUGCAUGCUAUGGAGAAACGCUAAGAGGGCUAUACCACCAAAAUGGAAAAUGGUACCGGCGAUGGAAACUGACAGAUACUAUGACGGUGACAUAUUCAUGGUGCCAGAAGUGGAAGAGAGCGGCAUAGACAACACGACGCGGUCCAGAGACAAUAUCUACGAGUAUAGAGACGUGCCUAUCAAGAAGCCGCACACACCACAACCUAUUAGUAGAACUAUAAGUCAACCAGCAACUCUCCAAUCAUCCCGUCCCCCGUCGGAAGCGUCGACGGGAUCAGCGUUGUCCCUGAAGGAAGGAUCAGUAUCCCGCGCCCCAGAACCGCUGCCCAGAGCCCGAUCCCGAACUCAGAUAGUGCAUGGAAUACCGCAGACUACUGUGUAAAUGUUGUGUUACCGUGUAAGACUAAUAUUGGUACGUGAGCAAUAUUUUGUACUAGAUUCUACUAGCUUUGCCCUCGUUACCGUGGGAUGAAAGCCUAUGUGUUAUUCCAGACCAUGAUCUAUCCCUAUUCCAAAUUUCAUUCCGAUCCUCACAAAUUUUUCGCAUUUAGUUGGAUUGUUUGUUGUACGUAGGAAUACGUAUAGUAAAGCGUUUACGCUGUAAUUGUUGCAAGUGUUUUGUAAAACUAAUAUAUGGUUCGAUAACUUAAUUAACGUGCAAGACACGCUUGUGACCAAAACAGAACAACAAUAUAUUAAUUCAGUUUUAACUUUUACAUAACUACUACUAAAUUGUAUUUCAAAGAUAUUUUAACUGAGAAAAGUUGUCGAAUCGGACAUAAGUUUUUUAAAUGAAAUUGACGCGAUUAUUAUUUUAGGUAUCUUUAUGAGUCGCGCACUAACAGUAAAUAGUAAACGUAUCACAUCUUAUUGGGAAAAAGCAACGCAAAA